CCACCACACCGCACCCCACCCUACCAAAAGAGAACAAAUAUUCUCUCCAUAAUCUAUUCUCAAUUUCUAUUUUUCGACUCCGAGAUGAUCGUUCAAUCCAUUCUCAGACUUCAGAUCUGCUAUCUAGGGGCUUCUACACAUUCUAAUCAUUAGUUUACUUUUUUAACUUUGCAAUUCCAAGUUCCUGACAUUGUUACAGAAAAUGCAGAGCUCAGGGAGUUCAUCUGCGCAACCUGAGGCCAUCUUGGAAUGGCUUCAGGAGGAAAUGGGGUACCGCCCACAAGGUCCAUACUACUCGUCCAACAAGGCAAUGUUGCCCUCCAUCGAUUCUAUCCGAAAGAUUUACCGUGGCAAUAUGGUCCCUGUGUGGAAUUUCUUGUUGCAGAGAGUUAAAUCGGAGAAGACAGUUGAGAAGAUUCGCCGUAAUAUACUUGUACAUGGCAGCAGCGAUGGUGGUUUGAUGGAUUCGGCGAAACCGAAUGAGGAAAGGAGGAGUAAGGGGAGGAAGAAGGAGAAGGAGAAGGUGAAGUUAGGGUUCGAUAGAGGAAUGGGUUCGGAUGGUUCUUCGGAGAGCAGGGAGAUUGCUUUGAGAGACAGGGAAUCGGCGGAGAAAGAGGUUGAGAGAUUGAGGCAUAUUGUUCGGAGGCAACGCAAGGACUUGAGGGCACGAAUGCUGGAGGUCUCUAGGGAGGAAGCUGAGCGUAAACGGAUGCUUGACGAGAGGUCCAAUUGCAGGCACAAACAAGUAAUGUUGGAGGCUUAUGAUCAACAGUGUGAUGAAGCUACUAGAAUAGUUGCAGAGUAUCAGAAACGUCUUCAACUCUAUGUAAAUCAAGCUAGAGAUGCUCAGAGGUCCAGUGUUAACUCUGCUGCUGAUGCAGCUGGCGAUUUCCAUGUGAAAGGUGAUAAAGAGGCUGUGUACUCCACUGUUAAGGGAACUAAUUCUUUGGACGAUGUUAUUCUCAUUGAAACUACUCGGGAAAGGGAUGUCCGGAAGGUGUGUGAAUUACUUGCUGCUCAUAUGAUUGACAAAAUACGUAGUUCUUUCCCAGCUUAUGAUGGGAGCGGCAUUCAUUUGAAUCCUCAUUUAGAAGCUGCCAAGUUAAGCAUUGAUUUUGAUGGGGAAAUCCCUGAUGAUGUUAAGGCUGUUGUUUUAAAUUGCCUCAAGAAUCCUCCUCAACUGCUUCAGGCAACUACCACAUACACAUUACGGCUGAAAACACUGAUUAGUAGAGAAACAGAGAAGAUUGACAUCAAAGCCGAUGCCGAACUCUUAAGAUAUAAGUUUGAGAACAAUAGAUUGACAGAUGCUGCUUCUCCUGAUGCCAACUCACCUCUACAAUUCCGAUUGUAUGAACAUGGGAAGAUGGGAGAUGACAUCCCUACAAAAGGGACUCAUAGACAGCUUCUUGAAAGACAGAAAGCACAUGUCCAACAGUUUGUGGCUACUGAAGAUGCAUUCAAUAAAGCUGCAGAGGCUCGGAAGUUAUGUCAGAAGCUCAUAAAACGUCUGCAUGGAAACAGUGAUGCAGCUUUAACACAUGGAUUUGCAGCUCGAGGCACAUCACAAAGUGUGGCGAGUCCCAGGCAGUUUGAGUUGGAGGUUUGGGCCAAGGAGAGGGAGGCAGCUGGAUUGCGGGCUAGCUUAAAUACAUUGACAUCUGAAGUACAACGCUUAAAUAAAUUGUGUGCAGAAUGGAAAGAGGCUGAAGAUUCAUUAAGGAAGAAGUGGAAAAAAAUUGAAGAGUUUGAUGCACGAAGAUCAGAGCUAGAAUCCAUCUAUACUGUUCUACUGAGGGCUAACAAGGAUGUUGCUGCCUUCUGGAAUCAGCAGCCACUAGCUGCAAGGGAGUAUGCAUCAAGCACCAUUAUUCCAGCUUGCUCAGUCGUUGCGGAGAUGGCAAACAGUGCCAAGGAUCUUAUUGAAAAGGAAGUAUCUGCCUUCUAUCAAAGUCCUGACAAUAGCCUUUAUAUGCUGCCAUCAACUCCACAGGCCCUCUUGGAGUCUGUGGGUGCUAGUGGAUCUACAGCACCUGAAGCAGUUGCUACUGCAGAAAAAAACGCUGCUUUAUUGACUGCUAGAGCUGGAGCUGGUGAUCCAUCAGCAAUUCCAUCUAUAUGCCGCAUCGCUGCUUCCCUUCAACAUCAUGCUGGUUUGGAAGGUUCUGACGCCGGAUUAGCUUCAGUUUUGGAGUCCCUGGAAUUUUGUUUGAAGCUCCGGGGUUCUGAAGCCAGUGUGCUGGAGGAAUUAUCCAAGGCAAUUACUUUGGUUCAUAUACGCAGGGAUCUUGUUGACAGUGGUCAUACAUUGUUAAACCAUGCAUAUCGGGCGCAACAAGAUUAUGAAAGGACAACAAGUUAUUGUUUGAGUUUGGCUGCUGAGCAAGAGAAGACCAUCAUGGAGAAAUGGUUGCCUGAACUUAAGACAGCUGUUGUGAAUGCUCAGAAAUGCCUAGAAGAUUGCAAACGUGUGAGGGGUUUGGUAGAUGAAUGGUGGGAGCAACCAGCCGCUACCGUUGUUGACUGGGUAACAGUUGAUGGGCAAAAUGUGGCUGCUUGGCUCAAUCGGGUUAAGCAACUUCAAAUGGCAUUUUAUGAUAAGGAGCUUCUAUAACUGUAUGCUUCAAGCACUCACUGCAGGAUGAUUUGCACCAGCAUUUUAUUAUGCUUGACACUUGUUUGGUCCACUCCCAUGCCAAGUUGGAAGAUUACAUUCCUGGGAGUUUUGGUUGAAGCAAACUGGCACUG